CCUAAGUGUCUGGCAAAGCAGAUGUGAGCAUCUCUCAGAAGGACAUAAUUAUAUGAAACAAGAUUCAUGAAGGGAUAUGAAGAUACAGCAAGACAAUCAGAUCAAGCUUCCUUCACUCCUAACCAUUAAGACAUGGACAUUCCCUUUUGAGAGCCUUUCUAUAGAAGUAAUCAGAGUAUCCUAGGAGGAGAAAAUCCUGUCUGCUAGAUUUAUAAUCCACAAGGACAAAUAAAUAAGCAUCCUAGUCCCUGACAGGUUAAAAUGGAUGAACAAGCCAUAAGAAAAAGGAGAUAUGAAGGAAAUGGACAAGAGAAUGAGCAGUCUUGCACGGGUAAAGAAGUCAAAAGUACAAAUCUCCAAAAAGAGGUGGGUCUGAUUAGCGGGAUCUGUGUUAUUGUUGGCACCGUAAUUGGCUCCGGAAUCUUUAUUUCACCCAAAUCUGUGCUAAGCAACAUCGGAGCUGUGGGGCCUUGUUUGAUCAUCUGGACAGCCUGUGGGAUCCUUGCUACACUAGGUGCACUGUGUUUUGCUGAACUUGGCACAAUGAUAACCAAAUCUGGGGGCGAGUACCCUUACCUGAUGGAGGCCUUUGGACCCAUUCCUGCCUACCUGUUUUCCUGGACUAGCUUAAUAGUCAUAAAGCCCAGCUCCUUUGCCAUCAUUUGCCUCAGUUUUGCCGAAUAUGUUGCUGCUCCGUUUUAUCCCGGAUGCGAGCCCCCUUCCAUCGUCAUCAAGUGUCUCGCGGCGGCCGCCAUCAUGAUCAUCACGACAGUGAAUGCCCUCAGUGUCAAGUUGGGGAGCUACGUCCAGAAUUUUUUCACCGCGGCGAAACUGAUCAUUGUGGCCGUCAUCAUCAUCAGCGGCAUUGUCCUUCUGGCACAAGGGAAUACAAAAACUUUUGAAAAUUCUUUUGAUGACACUAAGGUGUCACUGGGUGCUAUCAGUCUGGCAUUUUACAAUGGACUCUGGGCAUAUGAUGGAUGGAAUCAGCUAAAUUACAUUACCGAAGAACUGAAAAACCCCUACAGAAACCUUCCCUUGUCUAUAAUUAUUGGAAUCCCCCUUGUAACAGUAUGCUAUGUGCUGAUUAAUGUUUCCUACUUCACUGUAAUGACCUCAACAGAACUCUUGCAGUCCUCGGCUGUGGCAGUGACUUUUGGUGACAGAGUUCUCUAUCCCGUUUCCUGGAUCGUUCCUUUAUUUGUGGCAUUUUCAACGAUUGGAGCUGCCAAUGGAACCUGUUUCACAACGAGCAGACUGGUUUAUGUUGCAGGUCGUGAAGGCCACAUGCUGAAGAUUCUCUCUUACAUUAGUGUCAAGCGCUUAACACCUGCCCCUGCAAUCAUCUUUUAUGGCAUAAUGGGCAUUAUUUAUAUUAUUCCUGGAGAUAUCAAUACCUUAAUCAACUAUUUUAGUUUUGCCGCAUGGGUCUUUUAUGGAUUGACUGUACUUGCACUGAUUGUUAUGAGGUUCACAAGAAAAGAUCUUAAGAGGCCAAUCAAGGUGCCCAUUGUCAUUCCCAUCUUGGUGACUAUAAUCUCAAUAUACCUGGUUUUGGCUCCAAUCAUUGGUGAACCGGCAUGGGCAUACCUAUAUUGCGUCAUAUUUAUUUUGAGUGGUCUCAUAUUUUACUUCCUAUUUGUUUACUACAAGUUCAGCUGGGCUCAAAAAAUCUCAAAACCUUUCACCAUGCAUCUCCAGAUGCUCUUGGAAGUUGUUCCCCCAGAAGAAGAUCCUGAAUAAUACACUGAAAUUUCUAAUGCCUCAAGUUAAGGCGUAGGAUGAAUAUAUUUUUAUAUGGAAGGGCUUGUAACUCCUUUUUUUUCUUGAUGUGCGUAAGUUUUCCCAACAGUAAAUGUAUUCAGAUGUUUCUAAUAUCUUAAUACUUCUGGAGAACUCAGAAGUUCUCUGAGCCCGGAGCUCUAUGUGGUAGAAGCGAUUGGUUGUUCGCUAGAACAGUGCUUUGCACAUAGUAAGCGCUUAAUAAAUGCCAUUAUUAUUAUUAUUAUUAUAAAGCCAGCAUUGUGGUGGUCAGUCAAAAUUAGUUAUGGAGCAAGAACGCUUCACUGACCUAAUUUGAGAGGUAUUAAAUAAAAUGUCACUAUUGUUGUGGUAGUUAUUUAACAAGGGGAAACUCCUCGUUUAUUUAAAAUGAUUGUCAUUAAAAGUAUGUUCUUUAGUCUCCAA